AAUUAUUGAGUUAAUGGGCUUACAACAAAGCCCAAUAUCACAUCAUCUAGGGUUUUCUUCUUAUAUAGAGCUGCUGUUGUAUUUCUUCUCCGACGGUGGUUGCGGCGAGCGAGCAAGCGAGCAAAAUCAGAACCGAGAAUGCCUAAGCAAAUCCACGAGAUCAAGGACUUCCUUCUGACGGCGAGAAGGAAGGAUGCUAGGUCUGUGAAGAUCAAGAGAAGCAAGGACAUUGUUAAGUUCAAGGUCAGGUGCUCUAGGUACCUCUACACACUAUGCGUCUUCGACCAAGAGAAGGCUGAUAAGCUUAAGCAGUCACUUCCUCCAGGUUUGAGUGUUCAAGACCUUUGAAGAUCCUCUUGAAGUCAAAGGGAUAUGUGGAUGCGACCUGCUUUGAAUACCUUUCGCUUGGAUAAUUUUGAUUUUUGUUGCCUUUUGAAUUACUAUUGUUCAGACUCUUCCCUUUUCUAUUGCAAGACUCUUGAGUUUUUAUUCUGUUA